CUCACCUCGACGAGACGCGUAUCCCGCUAUCUCGGUGUACUCUUGAGUCGCGUCCUGGUGUACCGCGUCUCGGAACUUGAAGUACGCGGCAGCCAUGGCACCGUUGUCCAGAGGUGUUCUAAUUAUUUUCUUGACGGUAUUUUAUCGGGACAUUACGAUAAAGGGGGAACCUAAUUCUACAGAUGAGUACCGUUAUUGCUCCAGGCCAUGUGUUCCUGGUUCAGCGCCCAAGAAAUGCCGAUAUGAUUUUUUCGUCAGUGAACUUGGUAAUCUGAACAGUGUCUGCUAUGCUUCGCCUGGUAACUCCUCCACCCGAUCCGAUUGUACAGAAGGAUUAUUCGGAAAUGGAGUGCUCGGGAUCAACGGGAUCACUCCGGGCCCACGAAUCGAGAUUUGUCUCGGGGAUACUCUGGAAGUGGUCCUCAAAAACGGGCUUGGGACUGCCGAAGUAUCCUUGCAUUGGCACGGUCUCCUUCAAAAGGGUUCCGCACACAUGGACGGCGUUCCUCUGAUCACGCAAUGUCCAGUAUUGCCAUUUUCAGUUUUUCAUUACGAGAUGAAACCUGAAAGUCCUGGUACUCACCUCUACUACGCGCAAUCAGCCCCGCAGCAAGGUGACGGACUUUACGGGGUGUUGAUCGUUCGGGAACCAGGUAGUGAUCCGAGUUUAGAGAGGACUUUACUUUUGUCAACCAGACUUCAGGCGCCGCUGACUCAACUUUGGCCAGAAAUUUCUACGCCAACGGACCUCUUGGUGAACGGAAGGAAAGAUGGACACCGAGUGAUCGUCAAAGAUAAUCGACGGUAUUUGAUGCGUCUGAUCAAUGCAAAUGCAAUCGCCUGCCCCGUCUCAUUGUCAGUAGCUGCUCACAAACUUUCGGUGAUCGCUGUGGACGGGGAAAAAGUUGAAAGCCAAACUCCCGCGUCUCACGUUGUUCUAUUUCCUGGCGAGAGGUUCGAUUUGAUCUUAGAAACGAAUCAGCCACCCGACCGGUACCAAAUUCUUGUCCAAGGUAUGGAAAACUGUCGGGAUCUGAUUCAUAUGGCGUCACUGGAUUACGAAGAUUCUUCUCACAAAGGAUCCACAAAAAUUGAAGCCCUCCAGUUAUCGAGCGACGAUAUCGUUUCUCUGGAAAAGGGUCACAGCUGCAACGAAGUUUCGAAGAAUGUGAUCUGUUCGUCGGACACGAAGGGAUUCGUUGAUAAAUCCAUCGAAGAAGAGCCCGCAGAGACCGUCUAUUUUUCAUUCGACGUCAAUACCAUCGGCGACGUGACGGACGAGAUGACGGAUUUCAAAUAUAACAUCGAAGGGUUUACUCACUACCCUACGUAUCUGAGUAUGGCGUUGGCGGAAGCGAAGGUGACACAGAUCAACGGCAUGUCCUUCAAGUAUCCUCCAUCGCCCAUCCUGAGUCACCCGGAAAAUACUCCCGAGGAUAUUCUUUGCUCUCUCGAAGAAAAAUCGGAAUUUUGUAAGAACACACCACGGUUUUGCGAGUGCUUGCAGAUCCUCGAUGUUCCUGUCAACGAAACCGUCGAAUUGGUCAUCGUGGAUGAAGGUUUCGGUAGUAAUUCUUCCGUGACUUUUCAUGCGCACGGAUACCGAGUGAGUCUGGUUGGAGUCGGCAGCUUGAAUAAGCCGGUGACCAAAGCGGAAAUUAAGGAUCUGGAUUUGGGUCGAUCCUUGCCGCGGAACCUCGUUAAUCCCCCUAAAAAGGAUACAUUCACAGUUCCUAACAAGGGAUACGCCAUCAUUCGGUUCAGGACUGAUAAUUUGGGUUAUUGGCUAUGGGAAGCCCGGAGCACCGGAACGUCGCCGACGACCUCGAGUCCCGGGAUGCAAUUUCUGAUGCAAGUUGGUUCUCGGGAAAAUAUGCCGACGGUACCAAUAAAUUUUCCGUCCUGCGGGAACAACAAAAGACCUGACAUGAUAUUUGAAAAUAAUUGACGCCCUCACGUACGUCGAUUAUCCCAGAUGUUCUGCACUUGUUCGUAAAUCCGUAUAUUUAUUAUUUUAUUUAUUGUAUUUAUAAGAAUUAGAUUUGUAUUGAAAAAAACUUUCCCCGACUGAUUCAUCAAUCCCCGAUUCGUCAAAUUGUUGACUUUUGACCGAAUGGUGUGCAAUUGCAUAAUUUCGGGCCUUUUGAUUAUUUUCAAUCAUUAAAAAUCUCCUAGAAAUUCAGC